AUGAAUGGUCCAGGCUGCUCGGAUGGGCCCUCCAUCCUGGCUCUCCUGAAGGUGCUUGGGGACCUGCUGUCUGCUGGCUCAGAGCGCAGGAUCCGAUAUCUCCUGGAGCAGGGUGGCAGUGAGGCGCUUCUACGGACUGUGCUGAAGGUGGCGCGGCCAGCCCAGCCUGACUACGCGGUGCUCCUGCCCCUCCUGCGGCUGCUGGCCCGGAUGGGCCUCCGAGAUAAGCGGUUCGGUCAGAAGGCCCUGGAGCUAGAUGCCCUGGACACGACCCUGAGUCUGGCCCGGAAGAACCUGACCUGUGACCACAACCUCCUGCACUGCCUGUGGGCACUUCGGGCCUUCACCACCAGUCAGUCCACAGCCGCCAUGCUUGGCAUCAGUGGAGCCAUGGAGCUGCUGUUCCAGGUGGUCGGGCCCUACACACCCAGACACACGAGGCUCAUCAGGACAGCUGCAGACCUACUGGCAGAGCUGUUGAGAUCCAGGUCCAAUGGCCGCAGAGUGGUGACUCGGGGCUAUGUGGCUGCCCUGCUCCGUCUCCACCAGGACUGGUACCGCCAUGACCACACUGAUGCUUUUGUGCCCAUCCGCCGGGCACUUCUGCGGUGCCUGCGGCGUGUGGCUGCUCUCCGCUCAGGUCGGGAGGCCAUUCUGGCUGCUCAGGGUCUGGAGAUGCUCUACAGCACCACGAAGACCUGCUUGGCUGAGAGUCGUGUUGAGGCCCUGGUGGCCGAAGGGCUCCAAGUGCUCCGGCAGUGCCACCCCAGGGCCCCCCUGCCCCUGCUCAUGCCUAGCAGUGCCUACUCCUUCCCAGUGCCUGGAUGUGACUCCCCUGAAUCCACCCACCACCCCUGUGAAGAAGAUCUCGAGGAUGAUGAUGAUGAAGAUGAGCUGGACAGAGAGCUGGACCCUGAGGAUGCGAAGGAGGAAGAUGAUGAUCUGGAAACGGACCUGAGCAAGCUGAGCUCGGUGCCAGUCCUGGACCGGCCGAAGGAGGAUCUAGAGCAGUAUGCAGGCCUAUGUCCUGAGCUCACAAGCUGCUUCCGGGAGCUGGAGUCCCAGCAUGGGGCCCAUCAGAACUUACACUCGCACCCAUCCCCAGCCGAUGCAACCCUGGAGCGUUGGGGCUUGAAUGAGGACCUCAACUCCUUGAGGGUAGAAGGAGGAGGCAGGGUGCGGGCCUCCUCCUGGGACCGGCUCCACAUUCUUCCCAAAACGAGACCCCCAACUGGCAGGCUGAGGUCAUUGAUGGGGAUGCGUGGACGGGGAUGCCAUCUUCAUGGGGCUAGAGUUGCUGCUGACAUGCUGGAGAAGCUUCUAGAAUCUCACUCUGGACAGAUUUCCUUCCAUGACCCCCGACUCUAUGUGGCCAAGUCCAGGAGCACGCGGCCUGUGGCCAACUUUCAGAACUUGGCCUUUCCCGACCUCUGGGGCCAUCAGCCGCCGCCUUCAGCCCAGUCCCUGCUGAAGCGCAAACAUGGCGUCCAGAGAGGGAAGAUCCUGGAGGACAUUUGGAGACUGAUGCAGCCUCAGGACAUCCUCAACCAUGUGGUGUUCAGCCUUGAUGAUGAUGUGCCUCGGCCCCCCUAUGACCCUGCAGCCGGCGCCCUACACUUCUUCUCAGGAUUCGAAUCUGGAAACCUCCGCAAAGCCAUCCGGGUACGAGAGUUCGAAUACGACCUGCUGAUGAACUCAGAUGUGAACAGUGCCCAGCACCAGCAGUGGUUCUAUUUCCGGGUCAGCGGCAUGAGGCCCUCUGUGUGCUACCGCUUCAACGUGGUCAACUGUGAGAAGCCCAACAGCCAGUUUAACUAUGGGAUGCAGGUGGCCUUCUUCUCUGUGAAGGAGGCCCUCCGUGGCAACCCUUCCUGGACCCGGGUGGGAGAAGAAAUUUGCUAUUACAAAAACCACUAUCGCCAGAGCUCCAAAGCGGCCUAACUACACGCCUCACUUUUCUCAAUCACCUUCCCGCAUGCCGGAGACACCGCUACCUGGGCCUACAACUUCCCCUACACCUACUCAGCCCUUAUGACCCACCUGGAGCUGCUGUGAGCAGAGUGUGGACCCAGACACAUCUACUUCCGGCAGGCGACUCUGUGCCACACGCUGGGUGGGAAUGUGUGUCCUGUGGUGACCAUCACGGCCAUGCCCAAGGGGACCACCGACCACCUGGAGGAAUUCCGACAGAAGCCCUACCAGGUGUUGACAGCGCGCGUGCAUCCAGGUGAGAGCAAUGGCAGCUGGGUGAUGAAGGGCGCCUUGGAGUUCCUACUCAGCAGAGACCCCGUGGCCAGCCUCCUCAGGGAGCACUUCAUCUUCAAGGUCAUCCCUAUGCUCAACCCGGAUGGAGUUGUCAACGGCAACCACCGGUGCUCGCUACUUGGGGAGGACCUGAACCGCUGUUGGCAGGCACCGAGUGCCCAGCUCCACCCCACUGUCUACCACACCAAGGGCCUCCUGCAGUACCUGAGCCUCCAGGGCCGGCGGCCCACGGUCUUUUGCGACUUCCAUGGGCACUCGCAGAAGAAGAAUGUGUUCAUUUAUGGCUGCAGUGUCAAGGAGACCCUGUGGCAAGCAGGGUGCCCCGCAGACACUACCGCUCUUCUGGAGGAUGUUGGCUACCGGACACUGCCCAGGAUAUUGGACAAGUUGGCCCCAGCUUUCACCAUGGGCAGCUGCAGCUUCGUGGUGGAGAAGUCACGGGCUGCCACAGCUCGGGUGGUUGUGUGGCGGGAGUUGGGCGUGGCCCGGAGCUACACCAUGGAGACCAGCUACUGUGGCUGUAACCGGGGGCCCUACCAGGGCCUCCAGUUUAGCACGAGGGAACUGGAGGAGAUGGGAGCCUGGUUCUGCCUGGGCUUGCUGGGCCUGGAGCUGCGAUCGGCGGGCUGCAGCCGUCAGCUCCUGGGUCGUGCAGCCACUCUGCUGAGCCAGGCUGACCGGGAAGCUCUGGGGGAACAUCUGCACAGCCAUAGCAGUGGUGGUGCCGAGCUGGAGCCGGACGAUGAGCCCCCCUGCGCAGAGGAGAUUGAUUACAACCUGGACAACAGCUCUGACUCUCUGGAGACCCUCUCUGAGCUGGACCGACAGAUCCAGGCAUGCGCCUGGCCCGAGGACGAGGAGGCGCAGGGAGAGGAUGGAGCACCAUGGCACAGUGGUGGGGCUGGCCUGUAGGUGGGCGAGUGCCCAGUGCUAGCCCUACACCCCACCUGGGCAGG